AGGAGCUCAGUGCAGAAAGGGCAGCAUAUCCAUUCACUUUCUCUGUCUUCAUAAACAUCAGCUACAACCCCGUAAUUUUUAGAUGGAGUGGAUAAUUAUCUGCCCCUAUCACAGAGUCUAUAAGGUCUAAAAGUAUUAUUAUAUGAGAAAUUGUUAAGAUACAGUCGUUUGAAGUUUCUCAAAUGCAGAUUCGGGGAGAUAGUUCUAGAGGUUACCAGUAAAGAGGAAGAAAUGAAGAGUAAAGUGCCAUGCUUCUGUUACCAACGCUACAACUCUCAACCCAUCUUUGCUCUGCACAUUUUGACUUCUGUUUCUUCCAAUGUGCCUUUCAUCUUCUCACUGCCCACUCUUGCCUCUCCACGGAACACAAUAUUGUCGUAAACAUCAUCCUUCUGUCAGUACGUUUAUCACCACAGCAUACAUACAAGACAAAUAUCUCAUCCGUUCAAUGCUAGACAGAUAUUUUUCAUAUAUCCUUCUACGACUUUCUAGGCACUCAUUUUUAUGUAUGCUGCAGUCUCUUAAAUAGAGAAGAAUACAUAGAAAUAGAGAAGACAAAAUUAAUUCCUCUACUCUCUCUCUCUUCUUUUUUUCUGUAUCCAGGUAAACGUUUUUAACAGUGCUUUCAGCGUUAAUAAGGGAAGACCGUUGUAGUGAAGGGGUUAAUACAUAUUUAUCUCCAUUAUAUAGUCAUCCCUUCUUUCUUGUUCAAAUUUGUAUCGUCUUCAGUCUGUGCGCGGAUUUCUUUGUCCGUGAUCAUCUUUAAGGGAAGCACAUCCUUUGGCUUUGUGUCCUUAGGGUGUCGCAAUGCAGCUUUUGGAGUUUAGUCCGAUUUUUUUUAUUCUAUUUUGUAAUUCUCAUAAGCACAUUUCAUAAUCUCCACUGCUUUUUUUCAACUGUUCUGUUCUGUUCUUGUUCCUUUUUUUUCUACGUUUCUUGCUUCACGACUUAUAAUCUUAGUUCUUUGCUUCACUGCUCACUUCUGUCUCGUUAUUCUGCCCAACAAAUAUCUGUCCUUCUUCACUCCACCACCACGCAUGUCGCCCUCAGUAUUCCUUCCCCUAAUCUUCGUGGCAGUCUUCCCCUAAUUGUUACCACCAGCUUUGCCAGUUAUCGUCAGUUCCUCCUUCACUUCCCUCCAGGAGCUCUCUACGUAUGUAUCAAGAUUGUUGUCAUUCCGAAUCUUUUUCUCCUUUGUGUUGUUUUCCUACUGACUCUACGGAUAACAAGCGUCACUUAGCAGUCCACAGUUUCCUUUCGGUGGUUCAGCUUUUGCUAUAUUUACUUUUUUACGUGUUAAGAAAUUUGGCCAAGGAUACAAAAAAAAAGUUAUAGAGAAAGAUUCUUUGCCACAUUAACUUGAACUUGCUCGUCACUUCAAGCAUUCACUCUCUCCUGUCUUGUCCUCCCAGAAUGGGCACGGCGGCGGCGGCGGUGGCGGCGGCGGUGGUGAUGGUGGUGGUGGUAGUGUUCCUGGCGGGGUCUGAGGCCGUGGUCACGUGUCCCGACAGCUGCUUUUGUCUCUCCGACACGAAGGUGAUCUGCAAUGGCGGGAAGCUGACGGAGGUCCCUGACAAGCUGCCGGACACUGUGGAGGAGCUGACCUUCUCCCGGAAUAACUUGCCCACGCUGGAGACUGAGAUGUUCCUUCGGUGGCGCCACCUCAAGGUUCUCACCCUCCACGACAACCAGAUCCGGAAAAUCAAGCCUUUCGUAUUCCGCGGUCUCGGUCACCUCAAGGAGAUUUCUAUACAAAACAACCCGCUGACGGAGCUGCCGCAGUUCUCUUUCGCUGGCCUGGAGGACGUGAGCCAGAUCAACUUGAGCAAAAACCGCAUCGAAGUCAUCAACCCGUACGUGUUUGCCGGCAGCAGGAACAUCGGCAUGAUCCUCCUGCAGGACAACCCAGUGUACAGGGUGCGUGCAAGAGCCUUCUCCGGCCUCCGCAUGGCACAGUUCCUCUACUUGCCCUCCUGGGUUAAGGUGAUCGAGUCGGACGCUUUCUUUGACCUAGAGGGCGUGGGGCUCCUGCGCCUGCACAGCCUGAACCUGCACGCCCUGCGGCCCUACACUUUCAGGGGUCUGCGGAACGUGACGCAAAUCUCCAUCCAAGAGUCUGACCUGGGACAAUUGCGGGACCUAGCGUUCGAAGGCCUGCGCAACGUGGGCGAGCUGCGCAUCUUCAACAAUAAGGUAGAUGACCUGGAGUCGCUGGAGGUGAGAGAGGAAGCCAACGUGGAUGGAGUGCUGGUGCGUGGUAACCACUUCCUACACGUGAUCAAAGAAAAGCCCUUCAGGAUCCACGCCAAUGAUCGUACCGUCUUCACGGAGAACUUUGUUCCGUGCACGUGCCAGCUGUGGUGGGUUCUGGAUUCCCCCUUAGUAGCGCGCAUGAAUCUCUUCACGCGCCACAACUACUGCGUAUCUCCUUACCCCUUACAUGGAGAACCCAUCGACAAGGUGCCCUUGCACCAGUUGGAUCGCUGCCCCGCCCCUCAGGAGCUACAACUACCUAAAAGCAGCGAGGCGUCCAGUACAGCCGGCCAGCGGCUCACUCCUUACCUACUCCCUCUCGGCAUGCCUGCUCCGCUAAUGCUGCAGCUGCUGCUACUUAGGUUAUUGUUGCUGCUCACUGACUGCUGACCGGGCCGAGAGGAUCACACACAGUGCUUUAAUUAGUUGAAUUUUUGUAUAUAAACAGUUUUCAGGUGAUAUUGUAAAGAUUCUGGAGAGUAUUUUAAGACUUUCUUCGUGACCAUAAGACGACUACUUCUGUGGUAAAGUCAGCGUUGCGGAGUUCCACACGGGCACAUAGGGCAGCAUCACGCGAUCAAUGCUUACCAUCUCACGUCUCAUAACAAUGGAAGAAAAGCAGCCCGAUGCACACUAGGCAUUGUUUCAAAUAUACUAUUAUCAUUAGCUUUGAUUUCACCAGGAGGCUUUCCAGUAAUACCCCGCCUCUGCCCUGAUGCUUGCUUGUAGUGGAGCCGUGGGGCAUUCUGGGGAAGCUUCAUCCUCGCAUCACAUCCC